AUGCCCCCGAACGAAAUCGCUUCGCAGGGAACCCAACCGCCGCCGUCAUCCAAGACCGGCCACCCUCUCCCCCGACGAACCUCGCCAGCCAAUUCCGUCACACUACGACACCACCGAUUAGCCCGCGAUGCUUCUCUUAAAGCCAGCCCAGGAUCAGCGCCGCCGGUCGUGACAACGACGACAACUUCUCCUCGUCGUAAUUCGUCAGGUGACAGCCAUGAGACUGGGCAAAGCGAUCCGACGACGUGGUUUGACCACUCAAACCAGAACCCAACUGCCACUUUCGACAGCAACAUUAUGGAUGUUGAUCCUCCUUUCUUCCAAAAAGAAUCCGACUCGUCGAAUGAAGAAAAGCCGUUUCCAUACACCCACCAACUGGCGCCUCCAAAGCUCACUACGGCGCAGAGCAGCAGCGCAGAUGACUAUCGCAGUGUCAUUGAUGACCUGACGGUAGAAAUUCAGAAACUUCGAGAAGAGCUCAAACGGUACAAGCAACCUGGCCCAGAUCUGCUUCGGAAGGAGAAGCUAUUUGAGAUCAAGGUCCAUGGUUUGCCCAAGAAGAAGAAGAGAGAACUCGAGGCCACCCUCAGGGACUUUGCUGCCAGCCUUGAGGGGUCUCCCGAUACGUCGUCGUCGCAGAAGAAAAAGAAGUCGUCUCGCCACCAGACUCGAGACAACAUGUAUUCUGCUUCUGGAUCGUUCUCCAAGCACGCAUCGUCAUCCUCGGGAUCCAACUUUCGCCCAGCUGACUCGGCCUAUGCAUCCAUGUCAACAGGCGCCAAGUCCUCAGGAACGUCGAUGAAUCGCCCUAUCAUGGGCUCGCAGGCCAGGUCAUCGGAGCAAAAGGUCGAGAGCUACCUGCGCGAUAUUCCUGAAGGCUUGUAUCCGCGACACAUGAUCAUGACGGACAAGGAUAGGAAGAAGCUUGUUGUCCGUCGGCUUGAGCAAUUGUUCACAGGAAAGAUCAGUGGCCGUCACGUGGUGAAGAAACAGUCCUCAGCACCGAGUGGAAACUCUGCUGCCCUAGCGCCCGUCGUUGCGGAUACCCAGCCGAAUGUCUCAUCAGCAUCCAUAGUUCAUGAACCGCCAGCCCUCCAGACUAGCCAGGAGCCAUCGCGAGAAGCUAGGAUUCUCCCUCUUGAGCAACAAUCCGGACACUCUGGCAAGAAGAGCAGAUCUGGCGGCAAUGGAUCGGCAUCCAACUCGAACGGAGACAACACGGAAUCCGGAGGCAAUGGCAACAGCACUGGCUCCGGGACAAAUCCAUCACCUCCAACGCGACCUCCUCCGGAACAGCGACCCACACGACCCCUCGAUCUCGACCCGGACCGUACUCAGGUUCCAGCCGAAAAUAUGGACUACAUUCGCCAUUUGGGCUUGGUGCCCCCCGAGCUAUUGGCCGAGCAGCACAGCAAUGAUGUCCACCCUGACGCUGAGGGCUGGGUUUAUCUGAACCUGCUUUGCAACCUGGCUCAGCUUCACAUGAUCAACGUGACACCAGACUUUGUCCGCUCAGCUGUUUCGGGGAUCAGCACCAAGUUCCAGUUGUCUCCUGAUGGCCGCAAAAUCCGAUGGCGAGGUGGAACUGAGGGAACCAGGUUCAGCAGCGACAGUUCCGGGUACAACUCCCAAAAGAGCCCGUCUACAGAUGAUGCGGAGGAGGGUUCGGAAAAGAAGCACAAGCGUCAGAAAACAGGACGCUCGACUGGUGAUGAGUUUCAAUCUGGAAGCUCGAGCAAGAACGCGUCCAGGUUUGAUCCACAGCUAUGCGCUCCAUCCGAAAGCUUUCACUACAAGCCCAUGUUUAUACAGCAAGACUCUUCAGGUGGACAGACCUCGCUUGAUGAGACCGUUUCCUCCUUCGGACCCCCAGAAGACAGCAACAUUGGAGAGUCGAGAUGGGGUCUCAGUGGUUCUGGUGCAUCCAGUCGCAAGAAGCGCCGCCAUGAUGGUGCCAUCAUUUACUAUAGCGGAGCGCCAUUCUGUACAGAUCUAUCGGGCGAUCCAGGCGACAUGUCACCAACUUCACAAAUGCUGGCUGCUAGCCAGCACCAGGCCUCGUCAGAUAAGACACAGCUUCCUAUGUCUCCACCGCGACGAUCAAACUCGGGGUCUUUCGUCAACUAUCGGCCACUGACCGAUCGUGGUCCGUUGUCGACCCAGCCAAACCCGGCAAUGGAUGUUGACAUGGAUGAUCCGCCCAGCCUCACAGAGGACACGGACGAUGUGAGCGACAUCGAGCUUGACUUUGAAUGGACCGAUAAUGCCCAAUACAUGGAGUAUCAUCCUCUCGAGCCUUGUGGCUUGGGAGGAGUUCUCCCCGAGGACCACUUCAUGGUAGUAGUUGCCACCAAGAGGUCAAAGCAAGAUAUUCUACCACCAACCUCACGGCCCGACGGCCGAAGGGUGAGCGAAGGUACAGAUAGCAUCAUUCGUCGACUGGCAACAAUGUCGACUUCAUCACCAGUCCUUGGUGCAACCAAGACCAUGUCCGUCAGCGAACCUCCUCCCAUCGAGAUCGAAUACCUGUCGGGCCGCAUCAAGAGACUAACGCCGGUUGCCCUCCCACCCCCUGCCAUCUUUUUCCCACCGUUCAGUGCCAGCGACUCGACGACAGACGAGGAUGGGGAAACCUCAGAUGACCCAGAUGAUUCGCCAUCACUGAGGGGCAUUGUGGGUCGACGAAUCGUUCCACAUCAUUCUGAUGGUUAUCCUGAUGGUGUUGAUCUCAGCAGCGGUGACGAGGAGGGCGACGACCCUGACGACUCUCCCGAUCACAACAUAUACGAUGUCAGCCGAGAUGCCAAGGUGCUACCGAACCGACCUAGGCAGACUGUUAGACGCACAAGUAGUGCUGCUGCCGCCGCUGGAACCGCUCGUGGGGAAAGUAAGAGCACCAGCGCAGAUCCUGCUCUCUCGAGUCAGGACAGUUCAAUCGCUACCGCCGGCGCCGUCGGGAGUGGCCUCAGCAGUAGCGACGAG